AUGGAGCAUGGUAGACAUAAGGAGGAUAAAAGGGCCAAAAUGUCGAGGUUCCAUCCCAUCAACAACCGCAGUCCUUUCUCCGACGAUAUUCUGGCAGAUACUCUACCCAGAAGCUACAAGCCUAUUUCUCUGGAUUACGAUGGCACCACUGAUCCAGAAGUCCACCUCAAUCGGUUCGAGGGGUUGGUCACACUGCAUAUGUAUACUGAGGGCAUCAAGUGCCGCAUCUUCUCCACUACUCUCACUGGACCAGCUCAGCUAUGGUUCGGAACGCUUGCCCCCAAUUCUAUUUACUCCUUUGAGGAUUUACAGACCCGCUUCUUAUGUCAGUUCGCAAGCUCGCGAAGGGUGGGGAAGUCAGCUCUGUCGCUGAUGGAUAUCAAACAGGACCAAAAUGAAAUACUGAGAGAAUAUAGUGCCAGAUUUAACUUAGCCGCUCAGGAGAUUCGACCAGCAAAGGAUUUUGACGAUAUUAUGGCCAGGUUGCUAGGCUAUUUACAGUUGGAGGAUGCCAGGAUGGCGAGAAAAGCGGAAAACGAUAAACAUAAGGCUAAAAGAGCUGAGGAAGCACCAGAAAGACAGCGACACCAGGACAGGGCACCGUUCAGAGGGUUGCCUCCGAGGGUACUGCCACCUCAGGGAGGAAUGCCGCCCCAUCAACAGCGUACUGUGAAUGAGGUCACGCGAUUUGCUGAGUACACGCCUUUGAACAAACCACAGGAGGAAAUCUUCCAUUUGAUAAAAAACCAACCGUUCUUCCGGGCACCAGGGACUUACCGGGAUGGGCCGCCGCAGGAGGGUCCCAACAAUAAGUUGUGCGAGUAUCACAAUGUCUUUGGACAUUAUACCAAAUUUUGUGGCCAUCUUAAACACCAGUUGGAACUACUGGUUCGUCAGGGAAAUCUUGAUCAGUUCAUCGACAGAGGAACCGAGGGCCAGAGGCGGAAUGAUCAGAGGGAUCAUAGGGACCAGAGGGAUCAGCAGGAUCAGAGGGAUCAGAGAAAUAACCAGGAUCAGCGACAAGAACAAGGGAAUAAUAGGGAUCGCAGACCUGAUGACAACUGGGAUAACCGCAGGGAGGGACUAGAAAGACAAGCACCUCCUUCCCCGUAUAGGAGAGAAGUUCAUAUGAUUUGCGGAGAAAACGGGACGCCCACGUCAAAUAGGGCUAAGAAACAAGUUGUGAGAGCAGUAAAAACAGGAUACUAUCCUAAAAGGGUCAUGGAGAUUACAAGCGCGGCAGAAGAGCCGACGAUCACCUUUGGGGCAGAGGAUCUACGUACACUAAUGUACCCGCACGUUGAUGCACUGGUUAUUAUGGCAGACAUUGCCGGAUGUAUCGUUCACCGUGUCUUCGUAGACUCGGGCAGCGCGAUGAAUAUCUUAUAUUGGGAGUGCCUUCAAAACAUGGGAAUCGACGUUCAUAUUGAGCCAACGAAUGCCCCUUUGUUUGGGUUCGGAGGAGAAAUGGUCAUGCCUUUGGGUUAUGUGGAGUUACCGUUAAAUCUCGGCACUACAGCUGCUAAUAGCAAAACUAGGAUGGUGAGGUUCUUGGUGGUUGAUAUGCCAAAGCCCUCCUACAAUGUAAUACUCGGUCAGCCUGCCCUGAUGGCAUUCAGGGCGGUGAUCUCUAUGUUUCACUUGAAAAUGAAAUUCCCCAUCGAGGGGGGAGGAGUGGGAGAAGUUUGUGGUGAUCAAACAACAUCAAAAGCCUGCCACGUACAAAUGCUUACACACUCAGCGGGGCAGAAAAGGGAAAGACUGACAGAGGGAUCGGAUAUGCGGAAGAGGGGGAAAGUGGGCGAGGUACAUGCCCCGACAGAGGAGCGUCAGGAAUUGGCAGACUUAUUGAAGGAUAGGGAUAGUACAGAGAAGACCACUCUGGUUUCUACAAGUGAUGUUUGUAACACGAUCGAGUUAUUCCCAGGGAAGGAGGGCUUCUAG